AUGAGACUAGAAAGUAUCAAACAAAGCAAUGAAGAAUCUCUAUCACCACAAAAACUUCAGCUUCUAGUUCUAGCAGAAUUAGCUAUAACAAAUAACAGCUCAGAUGAACAAAUGCAAGUGAUAACUCAAGAAGAUCCUUUACUAGAUACAGAAAUGCUACCAAGAGAUGAACUUGCCAUUUAUGGCUAUAGAACACCACAUCCAUCUGCAAGUUGCAUUCUCAAAGCAGCUUCUCCUUCUGACAAAAAUGAAAAAACAGAUAGCUUUAUCAUAAUCUAA